AUGACGUCUUUACACAGAGUUCAGAGGGUGAAGAAGGGCAUUGAACAAGAGGUUCUAGAUCUCUGGCCAAGGGCCUGGACGGGCGCGCUUCUCUCCAGCUCUGCGGCGAUUCGGUUCAGCAGGCGCCUUCUGAAGGCCUACUACGUGCGGGGUUUGCGGGCCUCCCAGGCCCAGAGCGUCCUGUCGUUCCGUAAGGACCCACACAGGAGGCAGAACCUCUGGAGGGAGAAAGGAUGCGUGGAGCUGUGUGCGCGCUUUUCCCACCUCCUCGACUGCACGUCGGGCUCUCGGGAAGGGAGCCCGACCUUUGCUUCGCUUUGUCCCCUCCGCAGCCCCGAAGGCUGUCCUCCGAGCGCAGGCGCCCCGCUCACACCUGCUGCCCCGCACGGAACGGAGCAGAGCGAAGCCAGGCGCCGGAGGAGGAGCGUGAGGCCCGCCGCUCUCGGGGCCGGCCAGGUUUUCCCGCUCUCACCCCUCCUCGCGGGCCUCCCUCCCUCCCGGCGCCCCCGGGAGCGGAACGCGCGGGGAGACCCGGGCGGCGGGCCCCGAGGUUCCGUGCGAGGCGGGGCGGCACUGGCCGCCGACCCGGCCCAGGCCUCCCGCGCCUCCCCCGCGCCCCCCGAAGCCCCCCUCCAGGGAGGCGGGUCCUGGGGGAGACCCGGCACCGGCCCCGCGCGGCGCAGCCCCCGCGCGCCCCGAGCCCCGCGCUCGCCGCCUGGCAGCCCCGCAGGCAGGCGCCGGCCCGGCCGGGAGGUGGUGCUAGCCUCCCCGCGCCCGGGCCCGCGCGUUGCCGAGCAGCCGCUCCGAGGCUCCGAAGGGGGCGGAGCGGCGAGGCCGGCGUGCGGCUGGCGGCCCCUGUCCGCGGUUCCGGCCCCCGGCCCGCCCCCGCCUCGCCGGCCUCCCUCCGCGCCGGUGCGCGGCGCCCGGUCCCAGCCGCAGCCGCAGCGGCCGCCCCUCCCGGGCCCGACAGCGCCGAGCCCCGAGGCCGGGCCGGGGCGCCGGUCGGGACUGCCGGGGGCGCGGCGCCGACGCCGAGGCGCGGCCAUGGAGGGGAAGACCCGCGCCGGGGUCGCGCUGGUCCCGGGGCCGAGCGGCCGCGGGCCUUCCGCCCGCCGCGCCCGCCGCCUCCGCCGCCGCCCGGGGCUGCUGCUCCCCGGCCUCUGGCUGCUGCUGCUGGCCCGGCCGGCCUCGUGCGCCCCAGAUGAGCUCUUCCUGGAACAGGGAAACCUCUCUUUAUCCUCUGUGGAGCUCAUGAUGAAGAAAAGCACCGAGCACAGCACUGCACACGUGGCCUUAACAGAAACUGCCCCAGGGUCCCAGCAAAGCAGUUCUCUCCAUGUCAUAUCCUCUCCAUCUGCCACUAUUUUUGAUACAAUCUUUUUUAACCAAGGAACACUGACCCAAAGUAUAGCCGAUCACAGCAUCUUGGUGGCAAAUUAUGUGUCGAUGAUGAGCAAUGCGGGGGUCAGAGAUGACGAUGAAAUGGAUAACUUUUUGCCAGAAGCUCCCUGGACCACUUCCCGCGCGGUUUCUCCGAUCCAGUAUCUCCCGCUCAGCCCGCCAGUGCCGACUCCAUCUUCACCCAUUACUUCUUUACGAGACGAACAGAUGACAUCAGCCUGGCAACACACAGUGCAACAGCCAACAGCGUACACUGAAUCCCCUAGUCAUUUCAGUGCUUUUCGGUCAGCUUUUCCCACAUCUGGGGGCAUACUUCCAACUCCUAGUAGGAACUUGGUGCUUUAUCCUACUGAUGCUUAUGGGCACUCAGCAAGCAGGACUUUGCCGGAGAUCAUGGCUUCAGGCACGGGGGAGGUAGAACCCCUUCUUUCCAGCUCUCUGUCUGCAGAGCCUCUGCUCUUAGGCAGUGGCCUUACUCAGCAGCCGUUUCCCUCCUGGGCGGAGGUCCCACCGCCGGCAGAGGAUCUUCUGGCCACAGGCACCGACAGAUACCCCGAGGCAACCACGGCUCCGAGUCCCAGUCUACAAGGAACCAUCCUCUCUAGAACAGACCCUGCUGCGGCUCUGGCAUGGACAGCCCUCCCUUGUAGCAGCGGCAGCCCCAAUUCGGCUUUGUCCUUCUCUCCUCCUGCCUCCGUGUCCUUUUCUCCCCAAUCAGCCGAUGUUCCUUUUCACCCCUUUCUUCCUGGCAGCUCCAGGGAGCCGUCGGAGCUGCCGGGUGAGGUGGCGGUGGCCCCAAGUCUCGUGGACGACCCUGGGGUCCUGAGCCCGGUGUCGUCUCGGAGACCGUACACGUGGUGCGUGUCCUGCCGCGUGACGUCGCCUCGGCCCGUCGCGUCAGCCAGCCUCCCCGAGGGGGAAGACGUGGGCUCGGGGGACGGCGCCGAGACCCUGUCGGUGACCACCCCGGAGGCCAGCGGCGUCCUUCCGCCCAGCCCCGGAGUGGCGGACUUCUCCGAAUUCGAAUUCGAAGAGGAGCCCCAGCCAUUCAAUACGCUUUUCCCCUCCCGGCCGGUGGUUGCGCUCUCCUCUCCCUCCGUGGGCAUCUCGGCCGCCGAGGGGGGUGUGGGACGAGUCGGGACCACCCGGGCGCCUCUUGCCCGCAGCCACCUCUCCGCGCCCGUGUCGCUCGAUCCUGCUCCCUCGGGCUGGUCCCCUGUCCCCGAAGAAGCAUCGGGAGCGCCGUCGCCAUCGAGUGGGACAGCUGGGCUCCCUUGGGUCUUCAGCAACGUGCUCCCCGCCUCCUCCGUCCCGGGCACAGCCGGCCAGCACCGCGGCCCGCCCGCGGCCGGAGACGCACGUCCUUCCCCGUCCUCCGCCCCGGACCCACCGGCGGGGCCUUCGCGGCUCCUUGACCUCGAACCUGGCAGCUUCUCUGCGCCCCACACUGGUGGGGUUUUGGAGUCCUCGUCCGGUUUUUUCUCCACUCCGCCGCUAGAGUUCAGCAGCCUGGCCCUCUCGUCUUCAGAAGCACUUGCCUCUCCGUCCGCCCCGUCUAUGGGGCCAGCGGGAGACCCGGCCGCCGUCACCGCUCAGGCCUUCUCCACCUCCGCUGAGACGCUCGCCUGGUCCGACGCUCCCCGCGGGCCCUCCACGCCGCUUUCCCUUCCCAAUUCCACAGCCUCUGGCUCUUCCCAGCUCUGGCCGAGUUCAGACCUUCUCAUAAGCACCUUCACGUUCCUUCCUGGCUACUCUGAAGGGUUGCUCCCCUCCAGCUUCCCUUGGGACUCUCUCAAGUUCUCUGAAGCAGCCACGGUUUCCCUGACGGGUCCCGGCGCCCACUUUACCUCAGCCCUCACUGCAACUACCUCCUCCUAUUUUGAGUUAUCGCUCAUGGCUGGUGAAUCUGCGGUCACCACGCUGGUGCCCUCUGGUUCUGAGCCCGCCCUUGACAUUCUGACUCUUGGGACUCACUCACCAACAUCUUGGACGGCUUUUCCUACGACACCCAUUUUAGCAGAAUCUUCUCUCCUUCCGUCUCUGACUCCAGCACCUCCAAGUGAGCAUGUCAGUGCUAUGGGUGACCACACACCUGUCUUGCCCUCUUUCUCCAAAGUCCUUCCUGGCACCACACUCCUGGUCACUGAUGGGUACCUGUGGUCAGCAUCCUCCUUGGCUCCUGAGGUGAUCCCCUCACCUCUCCCUACAGAGCCAAUGUUUGUGGGCCCGUCAUUCCCACCCACAGAUUUACCAGUGAACACCACCAUGGAACUGAACUCACCCAACACCAGUGUUGCCCCCGAUCGUACUGUUGACAGCACCCCGAGCAGCAGGGGUGACACUGCAAGUCAGACCCCCCCGGAGAACAGUUCGGCACGACCCCCGCCAUCCCUUCAUCCUGUGCCCACCUCUACUUCUGAAACAAUGGUUGACACUCCAGCGCUGGUAACCACCAAGCCGCCAUAUGUGUGUGAUAUUACGGUUCCGGAUGCCUAUUUGAUCACAACUGUGCUGGCCAGGAGAGCCGUGCACGAGUACAUCAUCACGGCCAUCAAAGAAGUGCUGAGGAUUCACUUCAACCGAGCAGUGGAGCUCAAGGUUUAUGAACUGUUCGCUGACUUCACUUUCCUGGUCACAUCUGGACCUUUCGUUUACACAGCAAUAUCAGUGAUAAAUGUACUUAUAAACAGUAAACUUGUACGUGACCAAACUCCUUUAAUCCUGGCUGUGAAACCUUCCUUCCUUGUGCCAGAGUCCAGGUUCCAAGUUCACACGGUUCUUCAGUUCGUGCCUCAGAGUGUGGAUACCGGCUUUUGCAACUUCACCCAGCACAUCGAGAAAGGCCUGAUGAUAGCUCUUUCUGAAGUGAGAAAACACCACCAGGGGACGCAUAACUUCUCCGUGCAGAUCCUGAAUAUCACUAUGGGUGCUUCAAGGCCGGCCCCUCGGCGGGGCCCGGUCAAUAUCAUCUUUGCAGUCAGAGGCACGCGGGGGUUUUUGAACGGGACAGAAGUGAGCCAGCUGCUCAGGAACUUGAGCGUGGUGGAGUUCAGUUUCUACCUGGGGUACCCCGUGCUCCAGAUCGCAGAACCCUUCCAGUACCCACAGCUGAACUUAUCUCAGUUGUUGAAAUCCUCCUGGGUGAGAACAGUUCUCCUGGGCGUCGUGGAGAAGCAGCUCCAGAAUGAAGUGUUUCAGGCCGAGAUGGAGCGCAAGCUGGCCCAACUGCUCAGUGAGGUGUCCACGCGGAGGCGGAUGUGGAGAAGGGCCACCGUCGCUGCUGGGAACAGCGUGGUGCAGAUGGUCAACGUGUCAAGGCUAGAGGGAGAAGACAAUCCUGUGCAGCUCAUCUACUUUGUGGAGGAUCAAGAUGGAGAAAGACUCAGUGCAGUCAGGUCUUCAGAUCUGAUUAACAAGAUAGAUAUCCAGAGAGCAGCCAUUAUCUUGGGUUACCGCAUUCAAGGUGCUGUUGCCCAACCCUUGGACAGAGUGAAGAGGCCGUCCCCCGAGUCCCAGAGCAGCAACCUCUGGGUCAUUGUGGGCGUGGUCAUUCCAGUGCUGGUGGUCAUGGUGAUUGUCGUCAUCCUGUACUGGAAACUCUGCCGCACGGACAAGCUGGACUUCCAGCCUGACACGGUGGCCAGCAUCCAGCAGCGCCAGAAGUUGCAGAUCCCUAGUGUGAAGGGCUUUGACUUUGCUAAGCAGCAUCUGGGUCAGCACAAUAAAGACGACAUCCUGAUGAUUCACGAGCCAGCACCACUGCCCGGACCUGUGAAGGACCACACCACGCCCUCUGAAAACGGAGAUGUGCCGAGCCCCAAGGCCAAGAUCCCCUCCAAGAACGUCCGUCACAGAGGAAGAGUUUCUCCCUCGGAUGCUGACUCUACCGUAAGCGAGGAGUCCGGUGAGAGGGACGCGGGAGACAAGACGCUGGGAGCGGUGAACGAGGUCCAGCCCCACAGAGCUCCACAGAGCGGGCCACCACCGCCCAGUUCGGGAAAUGAGCAGCACUCGUCUGCCUCCAUCUUCGAGCAUGUGGACAGGCUGUCCCGGUCCUCGGAGGCCAGCCGGCGGGUCCCCAGUAAGAUACAGCUGAUUGCCAUGCAGCCCAUCCCGGCACCUCCGCUCCAGCACCCUGGAUUGGCCGACCGGGUGGCUGAAACCAACAAAAUUAACAAAGAGAUCCAGACGGCGCUGCGGCACAAGUCCGAGAUCGAGCACCAUCGGAACAAGAUCCGGCUCCGUGCCAAGCGCCGCGGUCACUACGAGUUCCCGGUGGUGGACGACCUGUCCUCGGGUGACACGCGCGAGCGGCACCGCGUGUACCGCAGGGCGCAGAUGCAGAUUGACAAGAUCCUGGACCCCACGGCCAGCGUGCCCUCUGUGUUCAUAGAGCCCCGGAAGAGCUCCAGGAUAAAGCGAUCUCCCAAACCACGCCGGAAACACCAGGUCAAUGGCUGUCCCGGCGAUGCUGAGAAGGACAGACUCAUCACCACAGACAGCGACGGCACUUACAAAAGGCCCCCCGGGGUGCACAACUCUGCCUACAUCGGUUGCCCGUCCGAUCCCGACCUCCCGGCCGACGUACAGACACCGUCGUCAGCUGAGCUGGGGAGGUAUCCAGGCCUGCCCUUCCCAGCCUCCCAGUAUAUCCCGCCCCAGCCGUCAAUCGAGGAGGCGCGCCAGACCAUGCACUCCCUCCUGGACGACGCCUUUGCCCUCGUGGCCCCCAGCAGCCAGCCUGCCAGCGCUGCGGUCGCAGGCCCUGGGGUCCCAGCCGUCCUGCCUGUGAACAGCACCCCUUCCCGGGAUGAGAGGCGAGCCACCCAAUGGGGGUCCUUCUACAGCUCUGCUCAGACGGCCAACAACCCAUGUAGCAGAUAUGAAGACUAUGGAAUGACUCCCCCAUCAGGCCCAUUGCCGAGACCAGGUUUUGGCCCCGGUUUGCUGCAGUCUUCGGAGCUCAUGCCCCCGGAGCCCCAGCAGCCACAGACGUCGGCUGAAGCCCCGUUCACCGCCCGAGGGAUCUACUCGGAGGACGUGCCAUCGGUGGCCCGGCCACGGCCUGUCGGGGGCACUACAGGCUCCCAGAUUCAGCACCUGACACAGGUGGGAAUUGCAAGCAGAAUUGGAGCCCAGCCAGUGGAAAUCCCACCCAGCAGAGGUGGCCAGUAUGGGGGACCCGGCUGGCCUUCAUAUGGGGAGGAUGAAGCUGGCCGAAGAGAGGCUACGCACGUGCUUGGACAUCAGGAGUACUCUAACUCACCGCUGUUCCAGGUGCCAAGGACUUCAGGCAGGGAGCCCUCCGCUCCUCCCGGGAACCUCCCGCACAGGGGGCUGCAGGGCGCGGGGCUGACUUACACCACCAGCUCCACGGAAGACCUCCAGCCCGGCCACUCUUCAGCUUCACUCAUCAAAGCGAUCCGCGAGGAGCUGCUCCGGCUUUCCCAGAAACAGACCGCCGUGCAGAACUUCCACAGCUGAUCGGCAUCGCCUUGCAAAUUUGCCAAGUAUCCGCUUCCCGUGGAAGCAAGACUAAACGGAAAUCAAUGAAAUGGGUGUUGGUGAGAGAACGCGCCUCUCCUGGGCUAGGUGCCCGUGCGAGGGAGCAAGUGGCAAAGUUAGAAGAUGCCAUAAGUCACGGGACGGCUCACGAUGCUUUUAAUAAGUGGGCAAUUUUUUGACCACUUGGGUUGUAGUCGACAUGUACAUACUUUUGGCCAAAAGCCAGCAGCAUUUCUUGAAGGCGAACCACAAACCUAAGCUAACGAAAAAAAUAAUCACUAAAUUCAUCUCCUUUUUAAAGGUAAAAGGUGGAAAUGUGUAGAUGGUAUAGGGAUGAACAGAAUCGAGCAUUUCCUUGGGAAGGUGUGAUUCAGACUGGUUUGUAUGAUGAACUUGCUGGUUUGUUUUCUGAGAAAAGAGAUUUGAAGACAUUUUAUUAACAGCUUGAUUUCCCUCUUUUUCUCCAUAGGAACUUAUUUUAAUAGUCAUGUUAACAACAAAAAUACUAAGACUGUUUGGGAAUUAAAAAAGCUACUAGUGAGAAACCAAAUGAUAGAUUGUAGAGCCUGAUGAUUCCAAAAGAAGCCAUCAUCUGCAUUUUUCCUUCUUCUUCUGGUGCUACAGCUCCGAGGGCCCCUCCACCUUUAUGUCUGUGAAAUGCAACUUUGGUUUUUGCAGUGGAAGAACACGCUGAAGAUUUCAUUUUGUUCUAGAAAGAAAAAAAACAACCAACCUCCCAAACGGGCUAG